AGAUUUGCCUUUUAACCAAGGGCCGUCGAACUGCCAGUGUACGAGCAGACACGUACUGUCGCCUGUAUUCCCUCUCGGUGGACAACUUCAAUGAGGUUCUGGAAGAGUACCCCAUGAUGAGAAGGGCCUUUGAAACUGUGGCAAUUGAUAGACUUGACAGGAUAGGGAAGAAGAACUCAAUCCUCCUGCAGAAGUUCCAGAAGGACCUCAACACCGGGGUUUUCAACAACCAGGAGAAUGAGAUCCUGAAGCAGAUCGUGAAGCAUGACAGGGAGAUGGUGCAGACCAUUGUCCCGGUGAGCUUGCAGCAGAAGCCCACCCUGAACUCCAGCACCUCCGCCUCGUCGUUGCGCAUCAGGACGCAGUCCCCUCCUGUGUACAGCGCCAGCAGCCUGUCCCACGGAAACCUGCACUCCCACUCGCCCAGCACACAGACGCCCCAGCAGGCCGCCAUCCUCUCGCCCUGCUCCUACACCACCGCCGUCUGCAGCCCGCCCGUACAGAGCCCUUUGGCCGGCCGAACUUUCCAGUACGCCUCGCCGACAGCCUCGCAGCUCUCCCUCAUGCAGCAGCAGCAGCAGCAGCAGCAGGCGCCCCAGCAGCCCCCCGGGGCCUCACAGAAGAAUGAGGUCCACAAGAGCACCCAGGCUCUCCACAACACCAACCUGACCCGGGAGGUGCGGCCCCUCUCCGCCUCCCAGCCUUCCCUGCCCCACGAGAUCUCCACCCUGAUCACCAGGCCUCACCCCACCGUGGGGGAGUCCCUCGCCUCCCUCCCGCAGCCCGCCCCCGGCCCCGGCAUGCCCCCAGCUGGCCGGGCCACCAUCCAGCAGCGCGUCUCGCUCUUCAGACAGAUGUCUUCGGGAGCCAUCCCCCCGAACCGGGGGUCCGCACUGCCCCCAGCCCCCCUGAAAAGGGAUUCUUCCGCAGUCUUAAGCACAGAGUCCGAGGGAGACAAACCGCGGUUCGCCUCAAACUUAUGA